UUGCGCGAGUCCGCGGGGCUCUCGACAGCCCGUUCUUGGAGUAUCUCUUCUUUAAAGGCUCUUCGCUGAGUUACACGUGGGGAGUUUGAACAUUUGCUAUCUCACUAAAGAUCCAAAUCUGAGGAUGACUAGUGAGGACGUGGAGCGUCUGUUGAUCCAGUUUCAGGAUGAAGAAGGGGAAGUUCUGGGCUCCCCUUUCGAUGUGCCUUUGGACAUAUCCCCGGACAAACUACAGCUGGUCUGCAAUGCGCUGCUGCAGAAGGAUGAGCCGGUGCCACUGGCGUUUUUUGUGCGCGGAGAGGCAGAGGUGGUGUCCAGUCUGAGAUUGUGUGUGCAGGCUCUCGGGGUCGAGACGGAGCAAGUUGUGCCGGUGGUUUACCAGCCUCAGGCUGUGUUCAGGGUUCGAGCUGUGGCCCGCUGUACCAGCACACUACAGGGACACACAGAAGCUGUCAUCUCGACUGCCUUCAGCCCCACUGGCAAAUACCUGGCCAGCGGCUCAGGUGAUACCACAGUACGUUUUUGGGACUUGACUACUGAGACGCCCCACCACACUGCCAGAGGACACACCCAUUGGGUUCUGUGCAUCACCUGGUCACCUGAUGGCAAGAAGCUGGCUUCAGGGUGCAAGAACAGUCAGAUCUGUCUGUGGGACCCAGUGACGGGUAAACAGAUUGGGAAGACUUUAACCGGACACUCCAAGUGGAUCACUUGGCUCAGCUGGGAACCUCUUCACCUUAACCCAGAGUGUCGGUACUUAGCCAGCAGCUCUAAGGACGGCUCAAUACGUGUCUGGGACACGGUGCUGGGACGCUGUGAGAAGAUCAUGACUGGACACACUCAGUCAGUAACCUGUGUAAAGUGGGGAGGAGACGGACUUCUUUACACUUCCUCCCAGGACAGAACGGUGAAAGUCUGGAGAGCCAAAGAUGGUGUACAGUGCAGGACUCUGCAGGGUCACGCCCACUGGGUGAACACCCUGGCUCUCAGCACAGACUACGUCCUGCGCACGGGAGCUUUUGAACCUGCAACCGCCACUGUCAACCCCCAGGACCUCACCGGAUCAUUGGAAGAGCUGAAGGAGACUGCUUUGCAGAGAUAUAAUAAAGUUAGGAGUUCCGCUCCAGAGCGCUUGGUGUCGGGCUCCGACGAUUUCACCUUGUUCCUGUGGAACCCCGCAGAAGAAAAGAAGCCUCUGGCCAGGAUGACUGGACACAGCGCUCUGGUCAAUGAAGUGCUCUUCUCCCCAGAUGGCAGGCUCCUGGCCUCCGCCUCAUUUGACAAGUCCAUUAAAGUCUGGGACGGGCGCACUGGGAAGUACCUAAUAUCCCUGCGAGGUCACGUGGGAUCUGUGUAUCAAGUGGCGUGGUCAGCAGACAGCAGGCUGCUGGUCAGCGGCAGCAGUGACAGCACACUUAAAGUUUGGGACAUCAAGACAGGGAAGCUGAACAUGGACCUGCCCGGCCACGCUGAUGAGGUCUAUGCAGUGGACUGGAGUCCCGAUGGACAGAGAGUGGCCAGUGGAGGGAAAGACAAAUGUCUCCGAAUAUGGAGGAGAUAGCCACGCCUGGGUUCCCCUUCCUAUCUCUGCCAGAGGAUUUUACAUCUUCUACUAUCAAGAAACGCGAGAGCUGGAGCGAAGGCAGCGAGACUGUACCUAAAAUGUUGCCGUUUUGGCUUUAUUGCACAGUCUGUGAAAAAAGGCAUUGUGUGAGGGAGCUCUAACUGAGCCGUGAUGCAGACGUCUUCUCCAGGUCUGAAACUCACGCUGGAAUUUUAACACUAACAGUGUUUAGUCGAAUGGGAGUUUAUAACAUGAGAGACCUUCCAUCUGUUAAGAUCAUUGCCAUUAGACGCUACAUUUUAAAAUGUAUGUCACUGCUGGCAUCUCAAAUUCAAAUGGUUUCAAUUCAAGUGCAUGUUGUUCAGUAAAUGUCAGGGGCUUCGAUGUGUAAAGAUCUUUAAGCCUUGCUUAGGUGCCACGCCUCUAAAUACAAAAUAUAAUGAGAUGAAUACAUUGAGAUAAAAUGAUGUAGGCUGACUAGAGGAACUUUGUGUGGCAGGUGGAGCAGUGCGGCAUUAGAUGGCGGCGUUUAAUACUUUGCUCUUUGUUUUUAACGCCAACCACACUCGGCGUGCACCUUCAGCCUUUAAUCUUCUCUGCAGUCAGCAAAGACGGAUCAUUUCUUCUGCCGCUGCAGUAAAGCAAAGCUUUAACGGCUCUGAACUCUGAUUCUCAAAAAAAAUGUUCUUCAAUGAAUUCAUUGAUGCAAAUAAAUAUUUACAUCGACCUUACCACAAGGGAAAUGUUUUUAAUGUUAUCUUCCAUGACCCGCUGUCUGAAGCUACUUUACAUGAAAAUGGAUUCAUUCUAUGCAUAAACUAAAACCUCUCAA